AAACAUACUCCUCUUUCUCUCUCUUCACUACUCUUCUGUCUUCUCUCUUCACUACAUUCUGGCGGUUUCAAAGCAAUAUGACCAGUCGCGGUAAGGAGCCGGCGAUGUGCCGGCUGGGAUAAACCAUGCAGCCCGGAAUUAUGGUAUGAAAGGAAUGGAGAUAUCUAACAUGAAAUAUGGCUCUGGUGCUGUGCCUUAUCAAGUUGGAUGUACUGAUACUUAUGUGUGGAGGGAGAGGGAGGCUGCACGGUUGAGCCAUCCCAAGAGCUAUGCCAAUAAUGCCCAUUUCGGCGAGGCUAAUCGCCCGAAGUGGUAUAAUGAGGAUGAUUGGGUUGACGAGGAUGAGGACGAGGACGAGGAUGAAGAUGAGGAUGAUUCUGAGUUUGAGGUUGGCGUUGACAAGGUUGAGGAUGGUGUUUAUAAGGUGCCUCCACUCCCAAGGCCACCUUAUAUUGUAGGAAGAGGUCAGGGUAAAGGAGUGAGUACUAGGAAGACUAGUGACCAGCCUAAACUGGUAGAUGAUGAUUCUUGGAUCGUUAAGGGAGACAUGCCGGGUGGCCCAUCGGAUGGUUCUGUCAUUCCUAGCUUUGGAGGUCAUGUUGCUAGGCGGAUUUGGGAAGGAAAACCAAGGGGUGUGUUAAAAUGCUACAACUUAACCAAUGCUUGUGAGGCUCUUGUUGGAUGGAAAAAGUCAUUGUCUCCUAAUUUGAAGGCACAGAUUGAUGCAACUGGAUUGGGUCACUUACCAUCUUGCAUGUUUAAACACAUUGAUAUGCCGUUGAUUUCUGCAUUUGUGGAGCGGUGGCAGCCUGACACGAAUUCUUUUCACUUGCCGUUUGGAGAAAUGACUAUUAUGCUGCAUGAUGUAUGGCAGAUCCUCCGCAUUCCAGUAGAUGGUUGUUUGAUUACUUCCCAAAGUAGCUCUAAGGAUUUGUUUUAUGAUAUGUCUGAGCUACUGAGAAGUACCCCAGAUGAGCUUGUAGUUCCUCCCACACCUCACUGGAGUGAUGAUGGUGUCUCCAUCGAGUCUAUUCUAGCCUUGUGCCGUGAUGAUACAUUGGUUGAUUAUGAUACGAAGUUCUCCAGUUGGAUGUUUUUGAUGCUUGGUGCUUCAUUAUUUGUUGAUAAGAAUGAGAGUAGGAUUAGACCUUCUAGCAUACUAGAGGUAAGUUAUGAUUGUUAUUUUGGAAAGAUUCCUAAGUAUGCGUGGGGUGUUGCAACUUUGGCGUAUCUGUACCGACAGCUAGGGGUUGCUAGUCGGGGUGCGUGUGAUGGCAUUGCUGGUUGUCUGACGCUUCUCCAAGCAUGGAUAUAUGAGUACUUCCCUUGUUUCCGACCUCACCAAAAACGACCAACUUGUGGCCCUACAGAUCUUCGCUCUCUUAUGUGGAACACCAAGAUGGAGGACAAGAAUGAGGCUCGACUGUGUUCGAUUCGUACCCGUCUAGAUUAUUUGACACCCUUGGAGGUAUAUAUCUUACGAAAAUCACAAUAUCUUCACAUUUUCAAGCUAGUAUCUGAUAGAGAUACAAGAUAAUCAUCUAGCUAGAGUUAUCUUAUUCUCAUAUUCUGUAAAGAUAAUUAGUUAUCUUUUAGCUUUAUCAUAGCUUCCUUGUUUUGUGUAUAUUGUUAUUAUCUUUUGUAAUCUUUGCAUAGCUCUUAGUUUGUAUAAAUCUAGGUUGUACACUCUGUUUUAAUUAAUUAAAAUCAAUGAUAUUCAUCCUACAUGGUAUCAAAGCCUAGUUGAUCAAACCACCUGAUUUUUUUUUUUUUUCCGAUCAUUACGUCCCUCAUGGCCUCCAACUCCAACUCCAUCAUCCCCAAUGAUGCACAACCAUCACACCCUCUCAUCAUUGUCAACCUUACUAAUGUGAUUAAGCUCACCAACCUUAACUACCUCUCCUGGAAACUCCAACUUGAGUCUAUCCUUGUUGGUCACGGCCUCUUCCACUUCCUAGACGGCUCGCUGCCUGCUCCGCCGCCCACUAUCACUACCCAAGACACUACUUCCCCAAACCCGGCUUACACCACCUGG